AACAACCGCCCCUUUAAAGUCACACAUCCCACCGUUGAAGUCAAUAACAAAUCUGAAAGCUCUGCAUCUGAAAAAGAAGCUGAAAGUAAGUACGAAGAAGAGGAGUUAGAGGAUAGACUUUUCAGUUAUUCAGAAGAAGAAGACAAUGACGAUUAUGAACAUGAAGAGGAUAAAGAUCUUUUCUGCACCGAAGAUAAAGUUUUUGGGUCUGACAAGGACCUUACCAAUUCCAAUGAAGACGAAGCGAUAAGUAGAGAAUUUUAUCUUGACAAUAUAGAAGAGCCUUUCUAUAAGCUGGACAUAGAAGUCCUUGACAACGGCGAUUAUAACAAACUUGAAGAUUUUGUUAAUAGAUAA